CUUCCGCCUGACCUACGAGAUCGGCGCGGCCGGCGUGGCCGGCUCCAGCCUCGACGUGGUCAACCUGGAGAACACCGGCGACGCGGCCACCCUGACGGCGCAGGCCGACUCGGUGGCGACCUACCAGCUCUACGUGCGGGCGCCGGCCGAGGCGCUGAAGGGCGAGUCCAUGCCGAUCACCUUCACGCUCACCGGGGCCCGCGCGAUGACGUCCGUGCUGCACUUUCUGACCCGCGACAGCCGUUGGAUCCCGCUGCUCUUCGUGGUCUUCUUCCUGGUCGUCUUCGCCGCCAACGGCGCCCUGGUGACCAUUGCCGUGUCGAGCUGGACCGGCCUGACCACCGAGACGUAUUACCGCGACGGCGUGGAGUACAACCGCCGCAUCGCCGCCGCCGAGCGCCAGGCCGAGCUGGGCUGGGACGUCGCGCUCACCGCCGAGGCGCAGCCCGGCCGCAGGCUCGACUUCGGCGUGAGCCUGGCCGGGCCCGACGGCCGGCCGCUCUACCCGCAGGAGGUCAGCGUCGCCUUCGUGCGUCCGACCGCCGAGGGCAACGACAGCACCCACCAGCUCGCCCGCCGCGGCGAGGGCCGCUACGGCGCCGUGAUCGAGCUGCCGCUCGCCGGCGUCUGGGACGCCCAGGUGACGGUGAUCGCCGAGGGGCGGCGCUACCAGAGCAGCAAGAGGCUCUUC